GUGGGUCCUAAGAAAAGAAAAAAACGAGGUGAAAUAGAAUCAUAUAAUGAAGGGGAUCAAUCAAUCCUAAUCCAAAUAAAAACUAUCCCAUUAUUAUAACAAAAUACAAAAGCAAAAUCAAAGAUACCCACCACCCAGCACACUGCACUUCCUUCUUGAUUGUUCUUUCUGAAGAUCCCUCCCUCUUUCAUUCAGGUAUUUCCAAUAACAUGUCGAUGGUAGCGACAGCUGAAGUUUGUGACGCAAACCCACCACUUAUUCAUAGUGGUGAGCUUAGAGCUCUACAACCUAUUUUCCAGAUAUACGGGAGACGUCAAGUGUUUUCUGGACCAGUAGUGACGCUCAAGGUCUUUGAGGACAACGUUCUUGUUCGUGAGUUUCUUGAAGAGAAAGGUAAUGGCAGGGUUCUGGUUGUUGAUGGUGGUGGAAGUUUGAGGUGUGCGAUUCUGGGAGGUAAUCCUGUUCAACAAGCUACUAACAAUGGUUGGGCUGGCAUAUUGAUCAAUGGUUGCAUUAGAGAUGUCGAUGAGAUUAAUGGGUGUGAUAUCGGAGUUAGGGCUCUGGCUUCGCAUCCAAUGAAAGCCAAUAAAAGGGGAGUUGGAGACAAGCACGUACCCGUCAUAAUGGCUGGAACACGUAUAUUAGAUGGUGAGUGGCUUUAUGCAGAUACUGACGGAAUUCUUGUGUCUAAGAUGGAGUUAUCAAUUUGAAUGAGUAACUUAAUCUGCAGCCAUUUUUACGGAAAAAUCAUGUCAUUAUUACAUUCUCCCCCCUCGCUACAGUCCUGUCUGUGUUCCUAUUUGAGUUGUUGUUACCAAUUGUUGAUUAUGACUACUGAUCGGUGCUGAUUGUUCUUGUUGUAUAUCAACCAGCAAAAGACAUCUGCAUUCUAUGGUUUAUAUCAUGUCUAAACAAUUGAUGUCCUGGUUUCAGCAUCUGCAAUUAUAUGAAAAUUUACUACUCUUUUUAUCUCCAGCAACUGCAUGGAGAAUACUAAAA